UAAUCAUUACUUCGUAAGGUGUUAGGUUUCCCGAGUUCCCUCACCAGAUGUUCCCCAGCACUACUAGUACUACUAGUGGUGCUAGUGGUGGUGGUACGUGUGGCGCUCUAUUGCUAGUAGUAGUAUUCCAGAAGAAAGUGAGUCGCACACUGCCCACUUGUGCUUGGCUUGUGCUUGGCUUGAGGACACAGCACAACACAGUCCAAGUUGUAAGAACAACGCUCCACUACACGAGUGAAGGACUGUGUCAGUCAGUGCACGUGCGUUUUGUGCUGUUCGCCGAGAAGUUGAGAGCAUUACCCGUUUCUGAGACAGAGAAUCAGCCGCUCCGCAUCCACAACUAGUAGGUCUACAGGAUAGCGACGAGCAAUCCGAGGGAAUCCCAAAUUUCGGCUCAAGAUGGCAAAUGUCCGACGUCCGCAAAGUGAGGAGAAGUAUUCCACCCUGGAGUGCAGACUGGCCGUCCUGGGGACGUGCUGCUCAAUGCUGGAUCAUGGCGAGAGUGGAGUGGGCAAGUCUAGUCUCUGUAGCAGAUUCAUUCAUCCAGGCGUGGAUACCUGGCUAGAACUGGGUCACGAUCACUCGCACUGGCUGAGCCAGACUGACUUCUCCGAGGCGGAAAUCAAUGGAGAUCAUUUCGUCUACUUUGGAGCUGCAAAGCGACUGUACCUGCCCAGGGCAAAGUUCAGUUCACACAAGGUCAACUUGAAGAUCAAUGUUGUGGAACACACUACAUUCCUGGAAGACAGUAUGGGUCAAACCUUUGCUGGAGGUGACCAGUAUGAGAAGCGAGCAGCAAGGCCGAGUCUGAAGUCUCCGGGCAAGCAUUCUUACGCUUGCCGCUCGUUUCUCGGAGAAGACGAAGCGUACACUGUGAUCGACAUGGUUCCACAGCCACUUCCUCGAGAGUAUGCCGGCAAGGAUGGCGUUGAUGGUUACUUGUUUGUCCUGGAUCCAUCCAAGUCCGCCGAGCAACGCAAACUGCAGUGGCAAAUCUUCACCGAGUGCUGGAGGCACAUUCCCGAGAAAAAGAAGAAAGCCUGCGCGAUAGCUCUGACCAAGUGUGAUACAUUGCCGAAGCGGAAAUAUCACCUCGACAGGGCAUUCGACGUGGUCAGGCAUUUCCAGGGUAUAACAUCUCCAACCAGUGAAGCAGCACUGCCUGCAUCAUUCUUGCCACCAAACCGAAAACAGAACGUCUUCCUAAAGCCAUUCUCCAGUUGCGACAAGACAUUCUCCUCAGGAAAACUGAGUGUCAUCAAUGGCAAGUAUGCCAUUCCGGUUUUCUUCACAUCUGCAGACCAUACCCACGGCGUGGAUCAACCGUUCUUGUAUCUUGCUCACCGGUCACUCAACCUGCCGGGCCGGCCAGUUCCUCCGCAACCCUGGCAUAGCAUUGUCAAACAAACACGGGACCGAGAGAAGAAUUCGUUAUUGCUGGCCAGCAACUACUUCAAGACGCAUGUGCAGAGCCACAAGUCCACAUGGAAGGAACUCUCUGGCGUUGCCUUUCUUGACCCAGUCAUGGACAACUGUCGCAAGAUUCAUGGCAUCAGCGCAUGCAAGUCACUAUUCCAGUCGCACGCUCUUCUGCUCACUGCUGAAGCAGCAAAAGCGCAGCUAGAGAGGGACAUCGCUCGUGACAAGGAGCUUGGAAUGGCCGCAGGACCGCUCGCUACGGAACCAGUCAUGCAGGCAACACGCUUGCGAUCCUAUACUGCCCGUAUGACACAACAACAUCCGGACCUGAAAGACCUGGUCAAAGAGGAUACUAGGGACGGGAGAAAACGCCUGAAUUACGAGUACUUCAUUCUUCGCACCCAGGAGAUCCACACAACGGUGCGCGACAUCAUCCAGCGCCAGGAAGUUGAGCCCAUUGCGCCGACGACUGAAGAGGAAGAAGAGGAGGAAGACGGGGCCUGUGAUGAAGUAGGCGGCGUUGUCCAGCCUUACUCUCCGGGCACAGGCGGAGAAGACAGUAUCUACGAGGUUGUUGACGAAUGGGAAAAAUUCGACCGGCGGAUAGCUUACAUGUGGGCCAGUCUGAGUAAACCGACUGAAAACAUGAAGCAGCAUCGGGAUCAUGGCAUCGGAGACAACGGAGGCAAACUGACCAUAGAAUCACCUGCAGCUGCUUUUGCUAGUGCUCAUGUGGGCAAUCUGACUCCGCCAUUGCCCGAUCAGAUUGCACUGUCAUGCACUGUCUACGCAGCCACUGGUCGUGAAGUUGCCAUUCCUGAUGAAGAAGGAACGUACAUAGACACGAGUACAGUGCGCCGAUCACCGAAAUCUGGCCAACCCGAAGGAAGAGGAAGUGGAUAUGCUCCUGGUUCAAGGAUUGCUCCAUGCCACAAGGUUGAUGUACUGCCCCAUGAGCCAGUCCGUCAGAUUGGCUGCACCUCCGAGCAAGCGGUAUCACAAUGCUGCUUAGCAGGGAGUAGCAAUAUGGCGACCUAUGCACAGCAGCCAGGCAGCCAACUUCCAGCUGGCCUGCUGCCAUCUGAGCGCAGGAUUACAACUAGGUCAACUGACACAGUGACUUCACAUGUUGCCCAUGUAGACCAAUCAACGAUAACAAGUGAGUCGCUGGAUCAGACUGACGCUGGUGAAGCCGUGAAGUCACUGCCCUCUCCUAACAUGAACCCCAGUUCCGGGACUAGCCAAGGCAACCUUUUGGCACAAGCACUUCCUAAGGAUGAGUACGGUUUCUUGAAGCCGAGUGACAUGACAACAAUGGCGCCAAUGGGUGCAAUGGAGGCAGAACACGAGGCAAGCAGGGUGCAAGAGCUUCCCAGGGACGAGUGCGGGUACGUGACGCUGACCAAUAGAGCAGGAAUGGAUACACGCAGGGCCGCAGAACUGAAUAGACUGAGCCCAAUGCGAGAGCUUCCCAAGGAUGAGUGGGGUUACGUGAGACUGAACAGUAUGGCGGCAGAGGGCACAAGCUUGGCAGGAUUUGAUACAAGUUAACAAGUGAACGUGUUGACUCCACACUUGUGCAUGCACUGCAGGUGUUAAGAAUUGAGCCAUUGACUAUAGCUACUCCUGUGGGUUUUUGCUGCUGAACGUUGCUUCUCACCGCCGAAAUCACUACUUCUACGUUCGUAUUGUGGUCCCUCGUGUGGAUGUGCCACUAGUUGCUGGGAGUGACAGUCGUGUGAAUAGCUACUGGCUCUUGGUGUCUUGCACCACUCCAUGAGCGACGCUGACCCACGCUGCUACCCAAGGCCUCACAAGAUGUUUGUCGCGCUGGAAACGGAGCAUCAGUGUACGUUUGUGUCCCGGGUGAUAUUUGAGCUGCUUGAGCACCAUAGAAUGUAAUGCUCCUGGAGCGCAAACAUCAUUGUCUCCUGAAGCUAAAAUGGUGAGGGAUGAAUUCGCCUAGCAGGUUUGCCGAAUGGGAGCUUCGAAAGGCCCCUUGUGUGCCCUGGAUGGCAGUCGUGAGUCUGUCAAGUGUCAAGGUCAGCAGGAACCGUGAGCUCCAUUCAGGAGCAACCAACUGUGUCUACUAAUGCCAUCAUAGUUGCUAAUCUAAUUUCGUAACUCACACCUUGAAAAUAUCUUGAGAAAACCUACGUGGUAAUAGAAGCGUUACUUUGAGAGUACAUUGAGAGUGCACAAAGUCUUGUACAUGUAUAACCUAGCUCAUAUUAUUUCAAGUCAAACGAACAGCUAGAAACUGUGAGAUUGACCAACAAGUAUGGCUGCGAGGAUUGCAAUUGUUCAGAUAUUUAUUACUCGAAUACUUUGUUAAUAUUCUGUGUUAUCCUAAAAACUCAUACUCCCAGUGUAUGCAUUCCUUGACAGGAUUCCGAACUUCAUUGUUUAUUAUUAUAUAAAUCUUCUUUUUCUUUUCCUCACAAUGGAUCUCCUUUUUCUAAUCUGAUUUUAAAUAAACAAUAAACAGGUUUUAAAAAGAAA